GGGAACAUUCUAAUCCGGGUAUUUAAUGUCUAGUCAUUCCUUGCGCUCAUUGGAUAAGAGUCAUAAUUCUGUGAUUUUAUUGGAUGUCGCGGCUGUCAGUUCUCAGUGCGGCCAGCAAGGUUGCUGGUCGUGGCAGCAUAACAGACCUGCACCGUCUCAGGAGAUCAGCAUGUCACCAUGGAUUAAACAGGUUUGCCUUGUUCUUGCGGCAGUGUUCAUGUUGUCCAGUACAACAGAGUCAAAGAAGGAUGAAGCAUUGUACUGUUCAGCUUGCAUGGCGAUUGCAGAGGAGAUGAACUAUUCAGUCAGUCAAACUGAUCCAAAAAAGACGAUUCAUGUUGGUGGAUUCAGACUUAAACCCGAUGGAAGUCUUAUGGACAAAAAGGUUCCUCUGGCUAGGUCUGAGACUUACUUAAAUGAACUGCUGGAAGAAGUUUGCAAUAGCAUGAGCGAUUAUGCUCUCUAUGAGGACCCGGACACCAAAGAAAAGAGCUACAAGAGAUUUGCUCCAAGAGGAAAUGAUGGCGUGAAUUUUCCCGAUUUCAAAAAUUUUAAGUUUGACGGACCAGAGAGUUCCAGUGCCUUAAAGUUUGCUUGUGAAAGCAUUGUGGAAGAGUUGGAAGAUGAUAUCAUCUCCCUCUUCUCCAGUGAGGCAGAUCAUGUGGCUAAGACGUUGUGCAGUGAAGUAUCAGGUCACUGUAAGAGCUCCGUUUUCCAGCACAGCGAACUUUAGUUCCAGAUGAGCGUCUGCUGAAGAACACUCAAAAACCUGGACCAAAAAUGAAGACAUUAAAUAUUUUCCUAAAGUAGGUUAUUGUUUAGAAUUUUUUUUUAGUAACUUCAAAAUUAUGAUGAUGAUAAUAAUUUGACGUACAUAAAGCGUAUUACAACAGCUUCCACUGUUGAUUAGUGGGCAUGCUCUUCCUGUGUUACUUUCAUACAUAUAUAUACACUGAUCCUGAUUUUAUUCCGAUGACUUGCAAUUUAAUUUACAUGUUUAUUUCCUUUUUAACCUCAAUUUAGUUUCAUGGCAUUAACUAUGGUAUUACCAAUGUUAUUUAUGAAAUGGUUUCCCGUGAUAAAAGAAAAUAAAAUAUUUCAAAUUUA